AUGUGCAAGUUGCGCGCCAGCUGCUUCCCCUUGUGCGCCGACAACCGCUGCCUGCUCAGGCUGCACGUUGUCUACCCGCGCGGGGGGACCAGCGUGGGACUCAAGCCUCCCUUCCCUCUGGCCAUCAUCACCAGCGGCUUCCUGCUGGCUUCCGACCAGUACACCGCCUAUGCCGAGCGGCUGGCCAGCUGGGGGUACACAGUGGUGCUGUGGGACAAGAAGGAGACGGCGCUGGAGCCCAUGAGCGACACUCUGUGCGUGGCCUUCCUGCGGGAGAUCGUGGACUGGUGCGGCGCCGACCCGCUGCUGCGCCAGCUGGCAGACACCUCCAGAGUGUACCUGUGCGGGCACUCGCGCGGCGGCAAGCUCAGCACGCUGGCCGCGCUGAGCGACGAGCGUGUCAAGGCGCUGUUCCUGCUGGACCCCGUGGAUAUCACCGUGUAUGCGCCCCUGGGCCCCGACUACCCCUCUGCGGUGGCGGGCCUGGAGGGGCUGGGCGCCCAGGGCCGCUCCCUGCCGCUGGCGGUGGUGGGCAGCGGGCUGGGCGGCGACUGCGUGCCGGCAGGCAAGAGCGCAGCGCAGGCGCCGCCGCUGCUUCACGACAGCAAUUACUCGGUUUACUUUGCAGCCGCCUCUGCUCCCGCUUGGGAGGUGGUGAUCCGCAACGCCGGGCACUUCCAGUUCCUGGGCAGCCGUGGCGGAGUGAUGGAUGCCAUCUGUGCCGUGGGCAGCGCCCCAGACCCUUCCGUGGUCGCCCUCACGCAGGCUGCCAUGGUGGCAUGGGGAGAAACCAUGGUGCGGGGCACAGGAGGCAGCGGCGGCAGCGGCGGCAGCUCCGUCCGCAAUAGCAGCAGCAACGGCAGGGACGCACCGCCCCGCAGCGGCUCUGGUUCCGGCGAUGCAGCUGAGUCCGGCACGCAGGCGCUGCCGCCCAGGCUGCGCAUGGGAUUGGACUCUGACGGCAACAUCGUGGCGGGGCUGGCCAGCUGGGAUGCCGCCAGCCGCCUGUUUGCCACCAGCGAGCAGGCGCAGGCGCUGCUGGCGGGCAGCGGCGGCGGCGGGGCGGCAGCAGAUAUCGACAUCCGCCUGAAAAACUUUGAAAUUGUGGUGUACCAGGAGUGA